ACAUACAACAACUACAAUUUACGGAUCCGAGAGCCUGCUGUGAACAACUUAUGAGAAGGACGGCUAAUAACUUUAAAAUGGCUUUAAAAUAUAUAGACAUUGGUGCUAACCUAACGGAUCCCAUGUUUCGCGGCCAGUAUGGCGGUUCCAAAAAACAUCAACCAGAUCUGGAAAUAGUUCUCCAGCGUGCGUGGCAGCAAGGAAUGCAGAAGAUAAUAGUAACAUCGGGCUCUCUAAGUGAUGUUGAUGAGGCCUUGGACUUGGUCGCACACGAUGAGCGACUAUACACAACGGUUGGUUGUCAUCCAACACGUUGUGACGAAUUUGUGGCUGAUCCGGAGCUCUACUAUAAUGAGCUGCGAGCCAGGAUUGCGGGGAACACUGAAAAGGUUGUUGCCGUGGGAGAGUGCGGCCUUGAUUUUGACCGCUUGAACUUCUGCGGAAAGGAGACGCAAAUGUUUUACUUUGAGAAACAGAUAAAGUUUGCGGCCGACUUCGGAUUGCCCCUCUUCCUGCAUAUGCGAAAUGCCUAUACCGAAUUCAUGGAAAUAUUGGAACGCAAUCGCCAGAAGUUGCAAGCUUGUGGCGGGGGCGUAGUGCACAGCUUUACAGGGACGUCGAGCGAAGCGAAAGGAAUCCUGGAGUUUGGCGGCCUCUACAUCGGCGUCAAUGGCUGCUCGCUGAAGACAGAGGAAAAUGUGAAAGUGGUGCGGGAGCUGCCUAACGAACGCAUUCUUCUCGAGACUGACUGUCCCUGGUGUGGGAUACGACCAUCACAUGCCAGCCACAAAUAUGUCGCCACAAUGUUCCCAACAGUCAAGAAAAAGGAGAAAUGGACCGCCGACACUCUGAUUGAUGGACGCUGUGAGCCGUGCCAGAUUAGUCAAGUGCUCGAGGCCGUCGCCGGCAUUAAACGGGAGCCAAUAGACAAACUGGCAGAUAUUUAUUACCAGAAUACAUUGAAUCUGUUCUUCAGUCGAAAGCAGAGCUCGCAAUGAUAAAUAAAAGAGAUUGCAUUUACAUUUAA